CUGAAAGACUGACGAAAAAUCAAACGCCAGAACACAAGAGUACAAGGCUGAAUGGUAUUCUGAAUUCUGAAAUCCUGAAGUGCUUGCUAUAGCUGCUGCAUAACCAUUCCUGCAAGAAAACCAUUUUCGUUUGCAGGAGUAGGAAAGUUCAGCUCGGCUCAGCCACUUAACGACUCUGUCCUCCUCUUUCUUGGCCAUCUCUGCAGCCCUCAAAACCACCUAUAAAACCACUCACAAAUCAGCAGAUCAGACACAGAUCACAGGAACCUAGCAAUCAAUUGUCAGCAAGUCAAGAAGGAAGCAAGCAGCUAAGAAAAGAAAUGGCGGCAAGAGCAGUGGCCAUCCUCGCGGCGGCGAUGAUGCUGGUCGUGACGCUCCUGGCCGGCGGUGCGUCGGCGCAGUCGCCGUCGCCGUCGAGCCAGUGCACGUCGGUGCUGGUGAGCCUGUCGCCGUGCCUGAACUACAUCUCGGGCAACGAGUCGACGGCGCCGGCGUCGUGCUGUUCGCAGCUGGGGAAGGUGGUGCAGUCGGACCCGCAGUGCCUCUGCGUCGCGCUCAACGCCGACCCGGCGUCCCUGGGGCUCAACGUCAACCGGACCCGCGUGCUGGGACUCCCCGACGCGUGCAAGGUGAAGACGCCUGACAUCAGCAACUGCAAAGGUGCUGCCGCCGCUCCGACAUCGCCGUCUUCGGGGACGCCGGCCGGACUGACGCCAGCCUCGGGCGCCACAGGGUCCAACACGACGCCGACGACACCCGGGAACGGUGCCGCCGCGUCGCCGCGGGGGUCGGCCGGCCUGGUCGCCGGCUUCAUCGUCGCCGCCGUUCUCGCCGUCGCCGCCAUGUGAUCCGACGCGAUCUGUAUUGAGUCAGAGGUUUCAGCUGGGUUUUGGCACGUUUGUAGGAAUUGAGACUUGAGAUACCCUCAUCUGUGAUUUGAGAUUUGUACCCGUGAGAUAGUUUGAUUAUCUAUAUUUGAUUCAUCUCUGCAUUCGUUCUGAAUAAAGAUGCCUCAAUAGUUUUUUC